AUGUCUUGCCCCCUCGCUGGUGCAUAUAUUGGCAACUUCGCUGCUUGUCUUACGCUGAUUACGGCCUUCUAUACCGCUUUUGUUCUUAACAAAGCAGAACCCGGUGUUUGUCGUACCGCACUGCCAAUUCCGAAGGGAGAAACGGGCAACCCGGGGCCGCAAGGCAUCCCCGGUGACCGUGGCCCACAAGGCGAUCGUGGAGAUCGUGGAGAUCGUGGAGACCAAGGGGGGGUCGUCGUGGCCCACCAGGAAUAUGCCACUGCCGUUGCUGCUGCCGCCGCGCAGCCGCCUCCACCUCCGCCUCUGCCUCUGUCUGUGCCUGUGCCUGUGCCUCUCCCUCCGCCUCUCCCUCCGCGUCCAAACCCCUGCCCGGCUAUAUGGCGGCCACGAUGUCCUCCAAAGCCCGCACUCGAAAAUAGCGGACCGAAGCCGUGGAGGCCGGGAAGGCAAAAGAGGCCGCCCAGGUCUUGCUGGACAACGGGACAGUCGUGGCCCACCAGGAAUAUGCCACUGCCGUUACGGCCUUAUACGCCGCCUCCUAGCUCCCCGGCACGAUGGAUUUCCAUUAUUUCUUCGACAACUUCGCAGCAUGUCAAUCGGGAAAUCUCACAAGAGCCGGUCGUGCGCCAGCGUUGCGCCGACUGGAAGAAUGGCCCAAGCAAGUGCAAGCGCGAAAAAUCAACAAGGCUCCGCAACCACCUCGACAUCAGCACAUCACCCCGGGGACUGUACAUGGUGUCGAAAGCGCGUAUUCACAUUUGUUGGUCACCUUUACCUAAAUGGUGGCCGUCUAAAAGGGUGUUGAAGAUGUCUGACAGUGGGCUUCUUUCCGAGGAGAGCUUCGCAUGGUGCGUUGAGAAGAGCGGGUUGAGGAGGAAUGUUUUCCAGAGCUAUGGUGACGGCGAGAUCACAGUAUCGAUUUAG